AUGAUGAUCAUGACAUGCCACAAGAUGCCGAAGCAGGUUUACAUAGAAGAUGCCAUUGAACGGUCGAUCAAUCUUUGUCGACACUACUUGAAAAGUGUAGUGUUUCCCGCUUCAGAUCCAUUGUAUGGACCAGGAAAGAAACUGAAAGGUAAAUAAUA